UUAACUUGUUCAACGAUCAGACUCACCCUCAUGGUUUUCCCGUCUUGAUGGCUCGUUGAAAGUACAAAAUGAGGAUUCCCGGACCAUGGGCAACGGGGUACCUCAGGAGAAUUCUCUCCUGCCGAACUUUAUCCGCUCCGCGGCUGGUUCGAAGUGUUAAAAUCUAGCCUCCCUGAAUGAUUUGAUUGUCCAUAACUUUCAUCCGUCUCCUUCACCAUCUCAUUCUAGAGAUCAAUCAUGGGUGGUGUUACUGCCGCUGUUGGCGGUCAAGACGCUUCAUUCGCGCAUCUCAUCGAUGAGAGGAGAAAGUGGUACAACAACAGGCGACUCAUCGCUCUCAACGCCUGGAUUAUGCUCCUUCUCAUCACUUCCUCAACAAAUGGGUACGACGGCAGUAUGAUGAAUGGACUGCAGUCUCUUCCUCAGUGGGAGUCUGCCUUUAACUAUCCAUCUGGCGGUAAACUAGGUCUUUUGAAUGCCAUUCAGAAUAUUGGUGGCUUAGCAGGUUAUCCAUUUGCCCCUUACGUAUCUGACGGCAUCGGACGUCGUAGGACAGUGUUCCUUGGUGCAACAAUUAUGUGCAUCGCCACUGCCAUACAGACUGCCUCUCAGUCCGUGGGCAUGUUUAUUGGUGCUCGAUUCCUUAUCGGUUUUGGUCUUACUUUUGCCGCUAAUGCCGCACCAAUGUUGGUCACCGAGGUUUCGUAUCCCACGUACCGCGCUCCCCUGACAUCCCUCUACAACUCCCUUUGGUACUCUGGUUCUAUCAUUGCUGCCUGGACGACGUAUGGCACUUUCAAGAUCAACAGCACAUGGGCAUGGCGUUUGCCUUCCCUCCUUCAGGGUAUCCCAUCCAUUCUGCAGUUCGUUCUUGUGCUGUUUGCACCCGAGUCACCCCGUUGGUUGAUUAGAAAUGGUCAUGAGGCGGAGGCUCUCAAGACCCUCGCCUACUAUCAUGCUGAUGGCAAUGAGCAGGAUCCUUUGGUAUUAUACGAGUUCGAAGAGAUCAAGGCCGCUAUCGAGUAUGACCGUACUGUUGCCACCAAUGUCGGCUGGAAGUCACUCAUUGCCACUCCUGGCAAUAGGAAACGCAUGCGCAUCAUCGUCGCUCUUGCCUUCUUCUCUCAGUGGUCUGGGAACGGUCUUGUUUCGUACUACCUCACAAAGGUCUUCAAUGAGAUCGGCAUCACGGGCUCAAGCACUCAGUUGCUUAUCAAUGGUAUCUUGCAAAUAUGGAACUUAGGAUGGGCCGUCUUUGCUUCUUUCAUGGUCAAUAAACUCGGUCGUCGCUUCUUGUUCUUGCUUUCAGCAUCUCUGAUGACACUCUUCUACAUGGCACAAGCUAUCUGUUUCGCCGAGUACGCCGAGCAUGGUAACCCCGCUGCCGGACACGCUGUCAUCGCCUUCAUAUUCCUCUUCUACGCAGCAUACGACGUGGCGUUUACACCUCUCAUUGUCUCCUACACCGUGGAAAUUCUACCUUACAGCAUUCGCGCAAAGGGCUUCAACGUGUUCAACUUCGUCGUCUCUCUUGCGCUCAUUUUCAACCAAUAUGUGAACCCAAUCGCACUGGACGCCUUGUCGUGGAAAUAUUACAUCGUAUACGUCUGCUGGCUCGCUGCUGAAUUCGUCUUCCUAUGGUUCUUCCUCAUUGAAACUAAGAACAGGACCCUGGAAGAAACUGCAGCCCUCUUUGAUGGUGACGAUGUGCUGGAUCAGAUUGCUAACAAGGCAGAGGGUGCACACGAGGUGUACGAAGACGGUUCAUUGGAGAAGAAAUCUUUAGGCGCGGAUAACGAAGUGUCUAGAGCUUAAUUUUUCUCAGAGUCCCGCUGCGUAUUAAUCCAUUACGUAUAACUUAAUGCAGAACGUGACACCAUGCUACCUCCUAAGUACGUGUGUAUAACGAAGGGCAUUAUUAGCUCACUUUCAGUUGCGGUCUGUUUUAAGUUGUGCCAAUGAAUUCAUGUGACGUGAUGCCAUAUGUCCCGCCAAUACCAGUAGCU